AAAGAAGAAGAAGAAGAAGAAGCACGAUCUCGACGAGGUCGAGAACUCGAAUACAAACCACGAAGGAGAAUACAAACUCGGCCAAUAUCUCGGUCAAGGUGACUACUUCAAACCGAUGUUAUCUCUUCUGCAAAAGCAAGAUCGAAGCGCAGGAUGAUAAAUCAAAUCCUCGAUACUUAAUUAUCGCUUAUAUCUACGUGCUUAGAAUUUACUGGGUCGUAUCUGGUACCAUAAAAAAUACUCUCAAAAUUAACUAACUCUCUAGUAUUAGAGAAUGUCAUAAUUAUCUUAUUAUUAUCAUUGUUUAAACAAGUCGAGAUUUAUUCUCUAAGAGACUAAUAAUAACAAAAAUUUUCCUUUACGCAGCAGCAAUGUUUACUAACCUCCAAUGAAAAUGCAAUGAAUUGUGUUUAGAAUAAUAAUCAACAGGUAAUUAGAAAAAAUAUAAAAAAUAAGAAAGAAUUGAAACUUGUUUGGAUUCAUAAGUUUUCUUUGUUGAGCUCAUGUAUACGUUGAGUUUAUUUUUACCCUACUCCGUUUAAAUCUUAAACGAUAGAAUAUUAUCGUCCGUAGCAAAAGAGUAAGAGAGAAAGAGAAAGAGAGAGAUCAUAAUUUUAUCUCACGAUGAGAAUUACCAUUUAUGUUUACUUCAAUAUGGAAUAAUGAUUAGUCAUUGUCUUCACCUUUGAUCGAUUACGUUUCUUUUUAAUAACACACUACCAACACAUACUACUAUAUUGUUUAAAUUAUUCAAAUAAUCGGUAUCUUGUUUGAAACAGUUACUUUUGCGGAGUUGUUCUGCGAUAACGUAAAUAAAACUCCUCUUAGAUAAAGUCACUCAGGACAGGAUUAUCGUCAUUUUCUAUUGUCGACAGUAUCAGUUUGUAACUCUUACAAGACAGACUGUUCGUUUCUACGCUUGGUCAUACAUCUGGGAUAGGAUUUCCUCUUUUCCUUCUCUUUCUUCUUCUUCUUCUUCUUCUUCUUCCUUUGCUUCUCCUUCUCCUUAUCCUUCUCCUUCUCCUUCUCUUCGUAAGAUCGAAGAUUAAAUCCUGCCAAGCGAACUUUCUCUCGUACGACGAUUACCUUCGUGAUUUCUUCGUGAAGAUAUUUUAACUUCGUUGGACCAAUUUGUUCUGUUCCUAUUUAUUUUUAUUUUUGCUUUUAAUUUUUAUUUUUAUCUUUAUAUUCUUUUCUUUUAUUAUUAUUAUUAUUUUUUUUUUAUUUUCUCUAAGAGAUAUCAUCAAACCUCGAGAUGUCUCGAGAGAUCAGUCAUUUUCCAGAAGACGAGUUUUUAGAAGAGAAACGUAUCGAAAAAUAUCUGCGAGCUAUCGCCGAAGAUAAAUCAUUGUCCGAUCCAAAUUUUCAAGUAACACGGGCAGUCAAAGCUGGUGAAAAUUUUAUCAGUGAUGUUUAUCGUGCCUUAAUAGAAGGUGAAAAGAAUGGAAAGAUCGAAAAGAUUCGUUUGAUCGUAAAAUGUGCUCCCAACGACUCUCGAAGAAAAUUCAUCAAAGUUAGAAAAAUGUUUCUUCAGGAGAUCCGUUUUUACAAGGAAAUUUUGCCUAUUUUCAACGAUUUUCUACGUGAUUAUAAUAUGUCUGUUGAUAAUAUUCCUUUCAUGUAUAGCUACUCGAAGGAUGAUAAAAACGAGAUUUUAGUGUUAGAGGAUUUGAAAAUAAAAAAUUAUAUUAUGAGAGAAACAAAGUUUCUCGAUUAUCCACAUGCUCGAUUGGCUCUACGUUGUCUCGGAAAAUUUCACGCAUACAGCUUCGCAAUUCGAGCUAAGAAGCCUGAUACUUUCGAGAUGUUCAAAUCGAUAGAGGAGCCUUUAUUUUAUCGUGAAAGUUCUGCUACGUACAAUAAAGAAAUGCACACUCGUUCAAUUAAAUUGUGCGAUAUCGUUGCAAAGACUCUAGAAGGUGAAGACGAACAUUAUCGAAAAAGAUUUAAUGAUUUCGUUAAAAACAUGUUUGAUACUAUAUUUGAAAUAGUUCAAGGAUCUGUUGCUGAGCCUUAUGCCGUUGUAAAUCAUGGUGAUGCUUGGACAAAUAAUUUUUUAUUUAAAUACAAGGAGAACGAAAGAACCCAUGAGCCGCAGGAUCUUCGCUUCCUCGACUUUCAAAUCUGUCGUUACGCAUCGCCUGCCUUGGACAUAUCCUAUACGUUAUUUUGUUCCACCCUAUACGAGAUUAGGGUCGAACAUUACGACGAUCUACUUCGAGAUUAUUACGAUUCCUUCUCUAAAUGUCUUGAAAGUUUAGAUUGUAAUCCUAGAGAACUAUUUCCUUAUGAAAUAUUAUUGGAACAUAUCGAACGUUUCGGUAAAUAUGCCGUUUGUAUGGCUAUACAUGUUUUACAUCUUUUCACAAAUCAAAAUGAUAUUUCUGAGAGUAUCGAUGUUAACGUUUAUUAUGACAAAUUGGAGAAGAACGAUUUUUAUAGGGAGACAUUGAUAAAUACUUUUAAAGAAUUCAUAGAUAGGAAUAUUAUAUAAAAUUUUUUAUGCGUGUACAAUAUUGUCGAUAAAGAGACAGUGUUUUUAUUUUUGUUAAAUCUAAUCGUGAAUAAUUAUAUUAUAUAAUUUUUAUUAUAUUCGAAAUUUUAUAUAUUGUCAAAGGAUUAUUGUAAAGCUUUUUAGGAAGAUCUUGAAAUAUGUAUUGUUUAGUACAAAGGUACAAUAUU